AUACCCUUGCUUAACCUUGCUUAUGUUUCAGUGAGAGAUCACUUCAUUAAAGCCAAAAUAUGAUGUAUUAAGACAGGUUCUUGUCUGGGAUUGGACUUUUCGGUAAGAACAUCAGCUGGGAUCAGAACACUGUUCUCCCAGAAAUACAUUUAUUGCACCACAGCCUUUUUCUGAUGCUGUUCAACACGUUUAGAAUAGAUUCUGAAUUAUGGUAAACAUCAGCACAUUUCUGAAUUACCUUGAUCUAAUCCAUUUUACAAUAUAAAUGCACAUAUGGUCCUUCAAAGUUAUUACUUGGCUCUUAUUGAAAGCAGUUAAAUAAACCAUAAAACCUUUAACAUAAUUCAAAUACAAUGUGACCUAAUAAUAUUUUAGCAUUAUUUCCUUGGAGCAACUUCAACCAUCGUACUUUCCUAUUUAUUGAUUCAUAGUAAUUAGAUAUGCUCCAAAACAAUCCAUUGGCUGCAAAUCCUGUUUAAGUAGCAUUUACAUGCAAGAUUCAAUUAAUAUACAACUCUGGUUAGAAAAAUCCACAAUAAUCAAUAUUGAUGAUAAUUAAUUAAUAGUAAUCUUAGCGGCUAAGCUCAUGGGUUUACUGUAGCUCAAUGUUAUUUCGGCUUUGGAUUAUUUGUUUUGCUUUUGGCAGCUUUUCCCAUUGAUGUUGUGACAAAAUAGUUAGCAAAGUACUGACAAUUUUAUCAAUGAUCAAAGAAUAACAAAACCACAGUAUAGAGGAGACCUCAAUAUGGAUCCUCAUCUCAUUCGUCUUGACAUAUCAGACUUGUUCCAAAACUAUUUUCUUAUAGUUAAUAAAAGGCAUGUCUUUGAAGUUCUGAUGAGAAGACUGAUCAAAAACAUUAAAGCUAAAUGAGGAUAUAGAUAUGAUAGCAUCUGGCAAGACAUGAACUGCUUUACCAGCUGGGAACAAUCCAAAAAAGCAGCGUUUGAAUGGAGCAUAAAAUUGACUGUUGGUGCACACAUUUGCAUCAGACCAUUUCAAGCAAAUAUUGAAUUGUAUGUUAUUUAUUAUAUGUUGUCACAAGUUUCUAAACAGAAUUAUCGAUUUAUAUCUGGUUUGUUUCAACUAAUCAGAUUUCGGUGACUGAGGACCUCAUGUUUUACUCCUAAAACAGGCCUACGAUUAGAGACAGGGUUGGAGAUUAGAGUUGAGUACAGCAAUAAAUUUAAUUGGAAGUACAAGAGGUUAUUAAGAUACAUGUUAGUGCUUAAUGGUGAGAGUUUAAAAAUCAGCUUUGCAGUGUUCAUUGUUUAACAGAGUAAGUAGCUGGGGGCAAUACUCUUAAAACCUUAUUAAGGCCAAAGUGCACUGGGUAACCUGUUUUGAGUUGUUCAAAAUACUUUAUCUGCAUAAAAAAAAAAUCAAAGGAGUGCAUUCUGCACCGAGGAAAUACACCACUGGUAUGGUAAUGACUCAUACCAAGAAGCCUCUGGCUCCCAUUCCUGGCCUAGACACAGUCAGAGUCUUCAGCCUGAACUAUAGUCAGCCUGUGUUAACUGUCCUGAUUGGUGCUAGAAGCAGAAACAAAGAUCAGUCAAGAUUCCCUCUUCUGAUUCCUAUUUUGAUCAUCUGUGGAAACAUUGAGCAGUCCUUUUGGUGGGGAUAGGCCACGAAGGCAAACUGUGCAGAAAGGACGGAGACAGGCAUUCCGGGGACCAGCUUACAUGUUUAAUGACAGAUUAACCAACCUAACUCCUGAAGAAGAAAGGUUUUUAGAUGCAGCUGAAUAUGGCAAUGUUCCUGUGGUCAGAAAGAUGCUGGAGGAAUCCGAAUCUCUGAAUGUGAAUUGUGUUGAUUACAUGGGUCAGAAUGCAUUGCAGCUGUCUGUUGCUAAUGAGCAUUUGGAAGUCAUAGAGCUUCUGCUAAAGAUUGACAAUCUGGCUCGUGUUGGAGAUGGUUUAUUAUUGGCCAUCAGUAAAGGCUACGUGCGAAUAGUGGAAGCCAUCUUGAAUCACCAUCUGUUUGCUACAAUGCACCCACUAGCUCUGAGUCCAGAGCAAAAAAACCCAAAAUACAAUGAUUUUUAUGCCUAUGAUGAAGAUGGCACAAGGUUUUCCCAUGAUAUUACUCCAAUCAUCCUGGCAGCUCAUUGCCAGGAAUAUGAAAUAGUUCACAUCUUACUGAGAAGAGGAGCCCGGAUUGACCGACCCCAUAACUAUUUUUGCAAAUGCAAGGUGUGUACAGACAAUCAGCUAAAUGACUCUUUCAGCCACUCCAGAUCUCGAAUCAAUGCUUACAGAGGCUUGGCAAGUCCUGCUUAUUUGUCACUCUCCAGUGAGGACCCAGUACUUACUGCUCUUGAGCUGAGUAAUGAGCUUAAUGUGCUAGCCAAUAUUGAGAAGGAAUUUAAGAAUGAUUACAAAAAAUUAUCUAUGCAAUGCAAAGACUUUGUUGUUGGACUUCUGGAUUUGUGUCGGAUUACUGAAGAAGUGGAAGCCAUUUUGAAUGGGACCAUGAAGACCAACCCCAGCAUUAACCAAGAGUUUCGGCCAAGCCUUAGCCGAUUAAAAUUGGCCAUAAAAUAUGAUGUCAAAAAGUUUGUAGCUCAUCCAAACUGUCAGCAGCAACUUCUAUCUAUUUGGUACGAAAAUCUCUCAGGACUACGCCAGCAGUCAAUAGCAAUCAAGUUUCUGGUUGUACUUGCUGUAGCUAUUGGCCUCCCAUUUCUGGCCUUGUGCUAUUGGAUUGCACCCUGCAGUAAGCUGGGGAAGAUCUUGCGUGCACCAUUUAUGAAAUUUGUAGCCCACGGAGCUUCUUUCACUGUUUUUCUUGGCCUGCUGAUUAUGAAUGCAGCUGACAGGUUUGAAGGCACCAAACUCCUGCCAAAUGAGUCAACGACUGAUCACCCCAGACAGCUCUUCAGAAUGAAAACAACUGGCUUCACAUGGAUUGAAAUUUUAAUAGUUUCCUGGGUAGUAGGAAUGAUCUGGUCAGAGUGUAAAAAAAUGUGGUCACAAGGCCCGAGGGAAUAUUUGCUGGAACUGUGGAACUUAUUAGACUUUGGAAUGCUAGCCAUCUUUGCAGCAUCAUUCAUAGCACGGUUUAUGGCAUUUUGGCAUGCUUCCAAGGCACAGAGCUUUGUGGAUGAAAAGAUCAAAAUGGAUUUAGCUAACGUGACACUGCCUACAGAAAUAGAGUACUACACACUUGCUCGAAUUAAAUGGUUUCCAUCUGAUCCCCAACUUAUAUCUGAAGGCCUCUAUGCAAUAGCGGUUGUGAUGAGCUUCUCUCGAAUUGCAUACAUUCUUCCUGCUAAUGAAAGCUUUGGACCUUUACAAAUAUCUCUGGGAAGAACUGUGAAAGACAUAUUCAAAUUCAUGGUCAUAUUCAUCAUGGUUUUUGUAGCAUUCAUGAUUGGGAUGUUUAAUCUUUAUUCACACUACCUGGGAGCAAAGCAAAACAAUGCAUUUACAACUGUUGAAGAAAGCUUUAAAACUUUGUUUUGGGCGAUAUUUGGAUUAUCAGAAGUCAAGUCUGUGGUCAUCAAUUAUAGUCACAAAUUUAUUGAGAACAUUGGCUAUGUUUUGUAUGGCGUAUACCAUGUGACAAUGGUCAUUGUCCUCUUAAAUAUGCUGAUUGCGAUGAUUAAUAGCUCUUUUCAGGAGAUUGAGAAUGAUGCUGAUGUGGAAUGGAAGUUUGCAAGAGCCAAACUGUGGAUUUCCCAUUUUGAAGAAGGGCGAACAUUGGCAGUGCCAUUUAACUUGGUGCCAAGCCCAAAGUCCUUAUUCUAUCUCCUACUGAGAUUGAAAAAAAUGCUGACUGGCCUUUUGAGAUGCAGGAAAGUACAAUAUCAAGAAAAUGCAGAAAUGGAAAAGCUCAGGUACACCAAACAUUCGAGUAUCCGAAGUACAGAAGAUCAGAGUUUACAAAGCAUCAGGAAUCCACCAACAAGAUACCAGAAAAUAAUGAAACGUCUCAUUAAGAGAUAUGUACUGAAAGCCCAAAUGGAUAGGGAAAAUGAUGAAGUCAAUGAAGGUGAACUCAAGGAAAUCAAACAAGAUAUUUCUAGUCUCCGAUAUGAACUCCUUGAGGAGAAAUCACAAAACACAGAAGAUCUUGCUGAAUUAAUCAGAAAACUUGGAGAAAAGUUGGGAGGAUGAUCCUCAAAAGCAAACAAUAGCAUAUUGAUACUAUAACCCAAACAGCUCUUUACAUAAUCAAUAACUAUAUUGAUUGAUUCUGCAUGUUUAUUACAAUAAUAUCAAAUGUAAUUUUAGAUACAAACAUUCCAAUAGAAAUUAAAUGCAUAAUCAAAUCAGUAGUUUUACAAUAAUUUGUAUAAUAUCAGAUAUAGUUUUAUCCUAUGAUCAGAAAACAUUGACGUACACCUUAUAUUAAAUGUUUAUAGCACAAUGAAAACUCAUGUAAAGUAUAUGCUUUCUUUACAAUG